CUUUGUGAGGCGGCGGGAGCUGGCGGCAGGUUCCGUCCUGCCAGGGCUGGGCCAGGCCGUGUAGGCAAUGGUUCUCGCCAUGCUGGGGGCUCUGUACCCCAGGGCUGGACUCAGCCUCUUCCUCCUCUACCUCAUCCUGGCAGCUGCACUCCUCCGCCCCCAGCCCCUGAGGUCUCAGCGAUCUGUUCCUGAGGAAUUCUCAGCCUCCCUGGAACUCCCACAGCCACUCUCCGGACUGGUGGACGACUAUGGGGUCCGGCCCAAGCACCCGUGGCCACGAGGGCCCCGGCCCCUCCUCUCCCGGGCCCAGCAGCGCAAGCGCGAUGGGCCAGACAUGGCUGAGUAUUACUACGACGCACACCUGUGAUGCGAACCCCCCAUAAAACUGUUCUGUGCAGCAA